AAGUGAAUGCUCUGGUAUGUAACUUUGGAAUGCUGCUAGUAACCUUGGAUCCUCCCGCAUCCACGGAUUUUUGGUCGAGAAGUUCUAACACUAUAAACAACGCGGUUGAACCAAAAGCCAAAUCGACAACAACUUUGAGGGAAUCAGAAAAGGCAACAUACAACAAAAUAUCGAUCUAUAACUUCUCUUUUCGUCAAUCUGAGCUCUUCAACUGAGAGACUGCACUGUCUUUAUUGAUAACCCUUCACGACCACGACUAGCUUCUUCCAAGUACCCUCUGUUCGAUUUGGCCACAGAUGAAUGCAGAGGCAGGGAUCGUAGGAGGGAAAACAUACAAAUGACCGUCAGAGAUCUCGAUUGGCAAAAGUGGAAAUCUUUCCUGCGAGCUGGGGCACUAUUCAAUCCAGCAACACAGGUACUUCAGGUUCCCGAUAUGUACAAUAAGCUCCAGAACAUUGAUCCCGACAGCGAAUAUGAUUUCCGGAACACAGCCAUCCUACAACAGCUCAACUAUGUGCAGGAUGACACUUUUUGGUUCCGAAUGAUCGAAAUAAAGAAUGCGAACAAACCCAUCGACUACGUAAACAUAGAGGCGCCGUCUACAGAAGAGCCUACCAUCCAACCUGUCGACGUAUGGUCCCGAUCUCGAGAACAAGGAUCGGGAUCGGGGAAAAGGGCACGUCCAGGCUCUUCUGAUGAGUCGCAGAGCAGGAAGAAACCAAGAGGCUCAAAAGAGACCCCUGGUAGCGCAAGCAAAGCCCAAAGGGCUGGGAAACUAGCGAAGUAUGAAGAAAGGGAUAAAAACAAUUACAGCCCUUGGGAAUCUGAUGUUGACGUAAACGACCCGAAUGGAGACGGCGGCAAUAGUAACGAUGAAGACAACGAUUCGGAAUAUGAUGAUGUGGAGGAUGACGACCUCGACGAUGUCAAACAGGAAGUGUUCGACAGAAGGAUGAAUGGUGUAGUGGAUGAUUGCGAGCAAUGGGACCGAAAGACAUGGGAAGACUGCUGUGAGUUCUUUAGAAUGGAUUCUACCAAUGAGAGCAGAGAUCAAACCGCCCUCGUGAAGUUAGAUGAGACUUCAACAGCACAAUUCAAGGUCUUUCAAGCGUACGGAAUUUACAACAUGAUGCUCAAAUCCCGGGGGCUGGCUGGUGGAGGUUUCCUGGCAGAUGAGCAAGGUCUUGGAAAAACCAGACAGGGCCUAGGCUUUUGCAUCAUGGAGCAUAUACUUGCCAAUGCUUGGGAUCGCAUAAAUGCAGACCAAAAAGCCAACGGUGGUGAGCACAACCUUGCGGCGAACUUCCAAGCAGCAGAAUUUUGUCCUUGCGAAAAGGAUGGAGCAAUACCAUUUUCCAUACCAUGCCCAUGUUGGAACGGUUCAGUCUCCGGGAAACUGCCACCGAAACGUGGGCCCAGUAUUGUAAUAGCGCCACCAGGCCUGCUAAAUGUUUGGAGCGAGGAAUUUGAGAAAUUGACUGGGAAUGCUGUCGCCAACGGUGUUUCAUCUGUUCCGGGGCAAGAUAGAUUCCCGAUGGAACUAGCUAUUUUUCAUGGUAAUCACAUCAUUCCGCAAGCUCAGAAAGCACGCGUAACAAAGUGGCUUGAGAACCCCAUGACAGCUGGUACCGCUGCUAGAGUGAUGCGUGGGUUGACCAAAUACAUUGCUGUGUCCUCCUCAGCAUCGUUCGAAAACUACGCCAGCAAAACCUGGAGCAAUCUUGACACAAUUCCUUGGGGCCGUGCUAUAAUAGACGAGCAUCAUUUUGCGUUCAAUCAUGACACAAAUGCCGUGAAGAUGAUAAGACUUUUGAGCGGGGAACCGCACACUUGGAUGCUUAGUGGGACGCCUUUCGAGAGUACUCCAGCUAAUCUCGACGGAUGGAUAGAGGUCCUUCGGCGUAGGAAGAAUCAAAACGGAAAACCAAAUCAGACUACCUGGGCAAACACGUCUUUCCAUCAUGCCAGGAAGAAGGAGUUGGCAGAUAUAUCUGCAGAAUACGUGUUCGCAGUGAACAAUAGCGGCAAAGAAAGGACACCCGGAGGGCAGGAUGCAAUGGUCCUACGACUCGCCGAGAUUUUGAGGGCCUUGAUGAUCAGACGAACUACCGAUUCUCUCUGGUUCGACCAGAAAAUGGUUCUACUAAAAUGGAACAAUCACCAUAAGGUCAUGGCAAAUCCAAAUUCAGCUUUUGACACAUACGAAAAAACUCUCCGUGCCCAGUCCCUUUCGUUGUUGAAAAAAGGAGAGAAAAGAGCAGCCAAAAAGCCGACUGGCAUGGCGUUGCAGAAUAGCUCAAGGAUGCUUCGUAUUGCUGCUACGUUUCCAGCCAUCUCUCGGAUUAUUGUUCAGGAGAAACCUGAUUUCACAAUGACGCAGAAGGAUAUACUGCCUGCCUGGUAUAAAGACUCUAGGGGAUCGUCAUAUGCUACAUACCUCGAUGAAUUGUAUCAGAGCAGCGACAAAAUAACUAGGCUUGCCAAAAUCCUUACUACGGUUCGCAAUGGGAAAGAUUAUCUGAAACGCCCCGAGAAAAUUAUUGUUCUUUCUACCAUUCCAGCAGUUGCCUUCAUUAUAUCUCUAUGGAUCAAAAAGUUGGGUAUGGAUAAAGCUAUUCUCGUCCACUCGAAGUCAGCCAACCGGGCUGCGAUAAUGGAUGGGUUUCAAAUGAAUAGUCUUAGCCAGUAUAAGGACAAGGGAACGAAAGUACAGAGGACCGCCUACGUUGAAGGGACACAAGCCACAAUCCUCAUUAGCACUUGCAAAGUAGUCGGAGUCGGCUACACACUUACAAGGUCAUUUAGAGUUGUUCUCAUGGAACCAGCUUGGCUAAGGCGGGACGAAGAGCAGGGUUUUUCACGUGUGAAGCGUAUUGGCCAGAUGAAUGCCGAAACACAUACUUACCGCAUGAUGAAUAAGGGCAGUGUGGUCGAAAAAAUUAUCGCUCAACGUCAGAACAGCCGUUACGGCUUAUCUGCAGACGCUUUCAAGGCGGCUGUCGAUGAGCCUGACUUUGGCGACGACAUGUACGACGCCUCUCAAGAUGAGACCGACGAGUAUGGUAUGACAUACUCGCAGAAAGAGAUAGCAGCAUACAAGAAGAAGGCCAAUCAACGACAGAAUCAGGGGUAUUUGGAUUAUGAUGACGACGAUUAUGAAGUUUGAUUGAAAUCAUCGGCGGCGUGUGUCAUUUCUCAUUCUCCCUGCCAUAUAUUCCACUAUGGAGAUCCUGCUUAAUUCUGGAGCAUAUGUUCUGUCUGAAGCAUCUAGCAGUUAUAUUAUGCGUCUUGUGCAUUGGAUAGGUAAUUUGCAACGGGUGUAUUCAGCAGGCAAGAUAAAAGUUCUAGUAUGAUAGACUCCCGUGGCAAGUCUGGCUUCGCAGAGUCGUUUCUUCUGAUUACAGUGAUCUUCUACUCUAUCUAUCUUUCCUACAUCAGCAUCAGCAUCUGUGCUUUUCGGAUCGCUUCUACAACUACACAGCUUGUUUGUUGAUAUAAUCGAGUCGAGCAAGCAUGUGGUAUACGCCUGUGAAUACCACCUUUUACUAGGACGUAUUAUACAUAGCUAAUUUGCC